UUAUUCUUGGGGAGGAAAGUGGCGUCUGCGGCUGUCGAUCAACAAAGGACUGCCCGAACCAUUCCGUUGGGUCUUCUUUCCUCGGGGUUUGGUGGGUUGCGUGGUCCGGUCCCAAAGAAUCUUGCAGCCGGCAGCAACAGGGAAGGAAAGAGGUAGAGGGCAAAGAAGGGAAAAAACGUGGGAUUCCUCGGCAGCGAGUGCCAGCACCGGCAGCACCACGUUGCGUACCGAGAGACAAGAAAGACGGCCGGCCGAAAGGGUGGGUAGGGGACAAUACCAAUAUACUCGUGCCGGCCACACACAUUGUGUGGGGUGUGGGUGGAUUCUGUGUGAAUGCUUAGAGGGAGCCAAUGGCGCUAUCACAAGAUAUAGAUAACAUGGCUUCGAACUUCGAAGACGGCUCCGCCUCGCCCUCGCCCGACAUCAGCGGCGAUCAGCACGAAGCAACCGACAUGGCGGAACAUAAGGCGAAUCGUAGUGAUAGCGGCGACACCGGGAGCGUGGCAGGUAGCGGCACCGGCCAGCGACCGAAUCCAUCGUCAAAUGCCAAAGAUCCUCUACGACCGCGACGGAAAAAGGCACGAAGAGCAUGUUUUGCCUGCCAGAGAGCUCAUCUGACUUGCGGUGAUGAACGGCCUUGCCAAAGGUGUAUCAAACGAGGCCUACAAGACGCAUGCCAUGAUGGAGUGCGGAAAAAGGCAAAAUAUCUCCAUGAUGCUCCUCCAGAGGCGCUGAUGCCUGGACUGGCGAGUCAGUAUAACCAGAUGAGCGCAGCCAUGGCCAAUAGAGGAUCGCUCACACCUACUAACCCGUCGGGACCGGAUGUUUCUACUCAAAUGGGUCCGCCAGGCGGGUUCUAUCCUCAACCUCAGGCAGCGGCAGCAAGCCCGGCCUAUUCAAUCUACUCCCAAAAUGCUGCUCCACCUCAAGGAACUAUGCAGCCACCGAUGCAGGACAACCUGAUUCAGCGACCGACGUCCUAUCCCAACCAGCAAUCUCCACUUGGUUCUGGAUUUCCCAACCCUAACAGCCAGCAGCCCACGCCGAUGCAGAAUAUGCCCGGCGCGAUGCCUCCAACGUCAAUUGGCAAUCAGCCACAGAAUGGAACCGCGUUCGGUGGCGGUGGUCCAUUGUUUGAUCCCAGCGAUCCGGCCUUGUUCAACUUCGAUCUGGCCAGUCUCAAUUUUGGAAACCAUUAUGGUGCUUUGGAGUUUGGCAUGCUAGGACACAUGUCUUCGGGCGCGGCGGAGACACCACCUGCUGAUAAUACAGGCAAUGGUCCUAUGGGAGCAAAUCCAGUCAGCGGGCCGGACUUUGCAACGCCUUCUUCGGGCUAUGGGGGUAGCCCUAGCACCGCGACGCCAUUCAUCUUCGGACAGGAUCCGUCAACGGGCGAGUGGAACGGAGUAGGAGGGAAUGUGUCGAGGCAAGGAAGCGGGGGUGGCCCAUAUGGAAAUGGUCACGGAAAUCUAGAAACGUCACAUCGACCUACAGGCCCUCUUGCAUAUGCCAUUGGCGCAGGACCCAGUAGCUUGGCCAGUGCGAGUCCAGCAGAAAGUCCUCAAGCAGCAUAUACAGGCUACGAGCGGCCGUCGAUGAGUCCUGCGUACUUUGCCAACACUGGAGGUCAACCACCAGCGCCGCUACCACCUCCACCACCACCUCCUCCUUCCCAGGUCUCUGUCUACAACCGCGCUGUCCAGCAAGGAGAGCAGCAGCAUCAGCAACAACAACAGCAAGAACAACAACAGCAGCAGCAGCAGCAGCAGCCACAACCAUUAAAACCACAUCCAGUUCAGCAAUUAUCACAUCCACAUCCACAUCAACAUCAUCACAAUACCAAAGUCCCGGGAUACCAAAUGCAACACGUACUCGGAAAACGCCGCCGCGAUCCCUCCGCCAUCUACGACUCUGUCAAACAACCAUAUUCCUACACCAACGGCUUCCACGGUCUCACCGCCUUUCUCCAGAAACGAUUUCCUCCGCAAAAGACACUACGCAUCGCCAAAGCUCUCGCGUCCAUCCGACCCUCAUUCAUCUCCUGCUCCAAGACCCUCAACCGAGAAGACUUCAUUUUCAUGGAAAAGUGUUUCCAGCGCACUCUCUUCCAGUACGAAGACUUUAUCAACGCCUGCGGCACCCCCACCAUCGUCUGUCGGCGAACAGGCGAAGUCGCUGCCGUCGGCAAGGAAUUCAGCAUCUUGACCGGCUGGAAAAAGGACGUCUUGCUCGGCCAAGAACCAAACUUGAACGUCAAUACUGGGUCCGGGGACGCGAAUAGCCCGCUUGCCGUGUCGCGUAGUGGCGGCGGCGGCGGCGGCGGCGGCGCAGCAACUGCAGCGCAGCGCCAAGAAGGGUCAACUUCAGGGCAAGCGCAAGCGCAAGGGCAAGUGCAGCCAGACGGCAGACCUAAAUCCCCAGGCCAACCCGUCUUUCUCGCAGAGUUACUGGAUGACGAUAGCGUGAUUCAGUUUUACGAGGAUUUUGCGAGAAUUGCCUUUGGCGAUUCAAGAGGAAGCGUCAUGACGAGAUGUAAAUUGCUAAAAUAUAAGACGAGAGAGGACAUGACUGGUGGUGGCGGUGGCGGUGCGGCGGGCAAGGACGGGUUCGAUGGUAGUGCCGGAGGUGGCGGUGGUGGUAGUGGUGAAACGGCAGGAAGUGAAGCGCCUGGAGAAGACGGCAAACGAAUACAGCAUCAUCAGCAUCAUCAGAGAAAACGAGGAUCCCUUAAGCAUGCACCCGGGUUCAAGUCGGACAUUUCGACCGAAGCGGACAUGAAUCAGCUCGGAAGCAGAGAUGGGAAAGUCGAAUGCACGUAUUGCUGGACCGUCAAGCGGGAUGUUUUUGAUAUUCCGAUGCUGAUUGUCAUGAACUUCCUGCCGUGCAUAUGACCGCUAUUACUAUUACGCUUCAAAACCGAAUAAGACAAAAUG